GGCUGGGUGGAGCUCAGCACUGGGGUGUUGGUGUAAGUGCUGAGGGGCCCCCACUGCCCCAUCAUGGCAUCUGCUCUCAUUGUCCUCUUCCUCGGCUGCUGGCUGGUGGGACAGAGCGGGGCGUGGGGAGGCCGAGAAUACCCCAAACCCACCGUCUGGGUGAGCCCCAGCAGGGUGGUGGCAAUUGGGGGAAGCGUCACCAUCCGCUGUGAGGGUUUGUACCUGGACAUGGAGUUUUUUCUGCGUAAAGCUGGACACCUGAAUGUGCAGGUGCAGCCGGUGCCUGAUGGGACCGUGGCUGAAUUUCCCAUCCCCAGUGUCAGCCGGGAAGAUGGAGGGAGCUACACCUGCGACUAUCGCUCCAUAACGGAACCAAAUCGCUGGUCGUAUCUCAGCGACCCCGUCGAGAUCAUUGUAGCAGAUUCCAGCUUACCCAGACCCUCCAUCUCUCUGAGCUCCACUGGGGUCACCGCCCCAGGGGCAGAUGUCACCAUCUGCUGUCAGGGUCCGCGCUGGGAUGUGAGGUUCUUCCUGCACAAGGCUGGAGACCUGAACCCGCAGCGACACAUGGACACUGCUGGGGCCGGGGCCGAGUUCCGCAUCCCCACCGUGGGCCGGCAGCACGGAGGGAGCUACAGCUGCAGCUACCGGCCCCGACAAGAGCCCUUCGUCUCCUCGCAGCCCAGCGACACCGUGCAGCUGGUGGUUGGAGGGGGAACUGACCCGACCCAGCCUGGAGCGGUGCCGGCUCCCACCCGCCUGGGCAGCGCAGAGCCAGGUGGAUUGGAAUCGCUGGCACCUCCGGGUCUGACCAGCCCCAUCAUCGCUGGGGUGAGCGUGGCGGCCACCAGCCUCCUCCUCCUCCUGCUCCUCGUGGCCUUCGUCUGCUUCAGAAAAACCCGAGCCAGAAAAGGAGCCGCACCGAGACCGAGCAGGUAG